AUGACAUCGAUCGCGAGCAACAAUUUACAGACCCGUGUCAAGUCAGGCUUACUCUGCACGGCAAGUAUCAAAUUUGCCUUCGGAAUCCGUCUAGCUCCAUCCCCAUGGACCGUCCAGCUGGCCAAGGCAGCCGGGUUCGACGCGCUGUUCAUUGACCUGGAGCACUCAGUACUAUCUCUUACAGAUACAGCACAGCUGUGCACUACCGGGAUUCUGGCCGGAAUCACCCCGUUCGUCAGGGUUCCGUAUCGAUGUGGCGAUGGAUUCGUGCAGAGGGUCCUUGAUGCGGGAUCCAUGGGUAUGAUCUUUCCACAUGUUAAAGAUAAAGAGGAUGCUCGAAACGCAGUCCGGAUGUCCAAAUACCCCCCUGCAGGCACGCGUUCAUUGACAGGACAACUGCCCCAGUUCGGUUCAGCUCCCCAUCACCACGAGGUUGUUAUCCAGGAGAGUAACACGGUAGGGUCAACCGUAUUCGUGAUGAUGGAGACGGCGGACUCCAUUGAGAAUGCAUACGAGAUAGCAGCCACCGAAGGCGUCGAUGUCUUACUGAUUGGAUCGAAUGACCUCUCCAUUGAGCUCGGAGUGCCGGGCCAGUUCGGCAGUGAGGUCUAUCGUUCAGCCGUGGAAAAGGUCGCUGCUGCUUCGCAUGCAUCAGGCAAGGUAUUUGGGUUCGCGGGAGUGUAUGAUAAUGCAGAUGUUCAUGACUGGGUUGUAAAUAAGCUGGGGGCGAGGUUUGUGCUUGGGCAGCAGGACUCGGGGUUCAUUGCGAAGGGGGCGAAGGAGUGUAUGGCCGCUAUCAAGAACAUCCAUGAAUAG